AUGCUCGAAGGAUCCUAUCAGGCAUUGUUUGCCGUCCUGACAGGAAACCGAAAACAAGGCAAGCGAUCCCGCAAGUACCUUCCCAAAGGCAGAAGGGGUAGUCUAAGUGUUUGCUUCUUUCUAAAGCUACCGCCCAUCCGACCAGAGGUUCAAGGGAAAACGAGAGCGUCCCUUGUGUUCCGCGACCGAACUGACUCACUAUUUCUUCUCUCUUUCACUACCAUCCACCGCGCUUCUGCUCAGUCUUAUCUCCCUUUCCUUUUUCUCGGAUCCUGGUUUUUCGGAUUUCUCGCUUUCUCGCUUUUUGUUUUGAGUUUUGUGGCUAUGGUAAAGAAAGGGCUAAAGCUGCCACGCGUGAGGAGGCAGCCGAUGCACACUAAUGUCAGUGGACAUGAAUUCAUACAGUCACGAGGAAAAGGCUAUUGCUUUGUUGUUCUUGUUGUUAGGAUUGUAGUGAGAAGAAGUCCGGGAGAAGUGAUUAGUACGCGGAAAGACUUGACCUUUGGAGCCAGGCGAGAUCCUAUCAGGGAUGGGCAGGUAUCAGGGGUAAGAGCGCACCUCUACGAGAAAGGUAGUUCUUUAGGUCCUGGCAAUAGGAUGAUAGGGGCAUUUAUCAGUCAAGUUGUACUAGACGAAGAACGGUCAAGCGAAAGGACAGCUACUCUCCAUGCCUUUGAGGAGCUACUCUUCUUUGGACAGGACUUCGAUAUUAGAAGGAAUAGCCCGAAGGAAGAUGAAUACGCUUGUAUACACAUAGGUGAUGGGAAGAAGAUAUGGGCUCGUACCUCGGGUAAGGAGACAACCACCCGACAACGACAUGAGGAGGUGUUGACAGGCCCGCUGGCAGCUAAACGACCCAGCUUUGGCAUUCCUCUUCGAUUCUUUCGCUCGUACCUCGGGCAUCAGCUUUCGUUAAGCACUCAGCUUAGGAGUCUCCCUUGUCUGCACUAA